AUGCUGCCGCGGUGCGGACCGAAAAUCUUCGCGCUGCGGAAAAUGUGUCAUUGGAUGCGUCAGCAACGUGGAAAAGAAUUCAAGCACUGGUGGAUGCUCUGUUUCGUGGAGUGCAGUAAAUUGCCCAGAGAAGGCAAUGAGGAGGUUGACACUCUUUUGCUACAAACCACUUCCGAUGCUGUCGAGAUACUUGUUAUGGCGCAGUGA